ACCUCAUUUCACGCCCGUUUCCCAUCCGACACACGCGUAGCCGAACCGGAUUCCAGAUUGUUCAACUCCCUGACCAGAAAUCGGUGCCGGGUGCCCUGGGAUAAUUUGCCCCAGUGUCCGCCACCAAAAGUCGAAGUCAAUCGACGAAACCCAAACGCUCCGUAACCCGAGAGCCCGAGAGCCCGAGAUUCCGGGCCUGCCAACAACAACCCCGCGUGGCCUUUGGUUACCGACGACUUGGUGGUCAUGGCGAGCUCGUUCGAGAAGUCGGUGAAGGGCGCGACCAAAGUGAAGGCCGCGCCCCCCAAGACGAAGUACAUCGAGCAUAUCCUGGUUGCAACCCACGCCGGCGAGGCAGGUGUCGGAGAGGUGUUCAGAGCGCUGCAGUACCGCCUUCGCGAUGCGACAUGGACCGUGGCCUUCAAGAGUUUGAUCACGGUCCACCUGAUGAUUCGCGAAGGCUCUCCAGAUGUGACGCUGGCAUACCUCGCUAAGCACAGGAAUAUGCUGGCCGUGAGCAUGUUCUCCGACGCCCAAACCCAAGGCCGAAACAUCCGCCACUAUGCGAAUUAUCUUUCCGAACGAUCGCGCUCCUUUCGGGAAACCAAGAUUGACUGGGUGCGAGCCAAAGAAUCCCGCCUAGAGAAGCUUUCGGUGGACAAGGGUUUGCUGCGCGAGACAGAGGCUGUCCAACAUCAGCUCACCGCUCUACUCAAGUGUGAUGUGAUGGAGAAUGAGCCGGAGAAUGAAAUUACCAUUACCGUCUUCAGGCUCUUGGUACUGGACCUUCUGGCCCUCUUCCAGGCCCUGAACCAGGCCUUGAUCAACAUCCUCGGCCGUUUCUUCGAAUUAACCAAAACGGACGCCGAGAGGGCCAUGAACAUCUACCGAACGUUUACGAGACAGACGGACUAUGUUGUGCAGUACCUUGGCGUCGCCAGGCAAUACGAGCAUCACACAAGAGUCGAGGUCCCCAAAUUAAAGCACGCCCCGGUGAACCUAGGGCGCCAGCUCGAGGACUACUUGAAAGAUCCCGACUUCGAAGUCCACAGGAGGCAAUACUUGGCCGAACUGGAGGCCAAGAAGUCGAAGGCCGGAUCCAAAUCGAUCAAGUUUGAUUUGGCAAAACCCACCUCAAGCGCAAACACAACCGAACGGCUGCCGCCGCCACCUGCCAAAGCACAGCCGGCGAAGGGUCCGGAUGGUGACCUAAUCGACUUCUUCGAAUCCAUUGAGCAGAACCAAACACCCAUGGUCGUGCAGUCGCAGCCACAGCCGCAGCCGCAGCAGGAGCAGCAACCUCAACCACAAACGCAGAUGCAGAUGGGCAUGUCACCGUGGGGCCCGGCACCAUUUCAACCCCAGCAGCUCCCUCAGAUUCAAACCGGCUUUGCCCCCCAGCCCACUGGGUUCCCAACCGGUGCUCCGUUCCAGCAGCAGAGCCAACCCACGUUUUCUCCCACCCAGCAAGUUCCCCAGCAAGUUCCUCAGCAAGUUCCUCAGCAGAUGCAGCCGGCUUUCACUGGUGCCGGCUUUGGGGGGUUCUCCCCCCAGUCGCAGCCGCAGCCUGGCUUCCAACCAAACUCGCUCUCCCCGAUCCCACAGAACUCGCCUGUCAACUUCCAGAACACUACGGCACCCGCCUUCCAGGGUCUCCAGCCUCCACAGCAGACUACCAACCCAUUCCGCCAGUCUAUGCUCAUGAACCAGCAGACAGGCGCGCCUUUCGCGCCCGCGCCGGCACCGGCGAAUACCCAGCAGCGCCCCGCCACGAGCCAGUCCACCAACCCGUUUGCCCGCUCAUCGCCACAAGCCGCCCAGCCAUUCGGGACCCCCGCCUCGAAUUCCCCUUUCCAAUCUCAGCCUCCCCAGCAGCCACCCGCAACAGCUGCGCCCUUACAGCCACUUCAGACGGGGACCAACCCGUUUGCUAAAAACUUUGGAGCCGCCCAACCCGCCCAAGCCACACAGCAGGAACGGCCCGUCACCGCGGGUGGUAUAUUGUCCCAGCCCACCGGGAGCACGAACCCGUUCCGGCAGGGUGCCUUUGUCAACCAUAGCACCGGGAUGGGCUGGCAGCAUAAUCAGCAGCCGAUAGGUGGCGGGCUGGACCAGCUGGAUACGAUUCAAGUCUUCCCACGACCGGCACAGCAGACUCCUUGGCAUCAGUGAAGGGAAGGGGAGGGACAGAGUUCCGUUCCGAAGUGUACUCGGUGACAUUCGUUUAGCAUCUAGCGUGGCGUUGUUGAUAGGUUUGUCUUUUGGUGAGGCUUUUUGUUUUGCAGGCGGGGAUCAGGCACCUGUCUUCUUCCGUGUCGAUUGGGUCAGAACGUGGAGGACGUAUUACAAGUAGUGCUUAUUUCUAUGUCGCUUCGAAAGCUAGGGUUUUCUUCUGCGUAUUGUUCAAUAUAAUUAGCUGGAAUCUAGAGCUGGUGGGAUAGGGUCAGUAUUUUCAAGCACAGUGAGUUAGCUAGAUGUGCGUUGUUGUAUAUUUAAUGCUUGGUCUUGACUCGGAU